UGUGGUCUUCAUCGUUACUUUUGUCUUUUCAGGAUUCUCUGCAAGUUCUUCAUCCAAGGCGCGUGCUUGAAAGGGGAACACUGUGAAUAUUCCCAUGACUUGAAUGGUUCGGCGAGAAAUAUUUGCUCAUUCUAUCAGAAAGGGAUCUGUUCCUAUGGAAGUAGAUGCAGAUAUGAACAUGUCAACGCUUCUCAGUCACUAUCCUCUUCGUCAUCGGCAUGGAACAUUCCGCGGCGGCCUCUCAGCUCAGAUUCUGAGCCUGUAGCUCGCUCCUCUCAGCUGGGUCCUGCUUCAGCGGAGCAUAGCUCUCUCUUCACGCCUACGGAACCAGCAUGGAAUCUGCAAAAUGGUGUUGAUUGCGGAUGGGAAAAGGAAGAUGCUUCGGCCCCCAGGAUUGAUGUCCAACCAAGAGACAGACCCAUCUGCUCGUUUGCUGCGGCAGGUGACUGCCAGCGAGGAGACCGCUGUCCUCAUAUUCAUGGAGACCUCUGCCCGACAUGUGGAAAGAAUUGCUUGCAUCCUUUCAGACCCGAAGAAAGAGAAGAACAUACGAAAGAAUGUGAGAAGAAGCAGAAGCAUGUCGAGGCUUUGAAACACAGCCAGGAUAUCGAGUGCAGUGUGUGUCUUGACCGUGUAUUGUCGAAGCCAACUCCAGCCGAAAGGAAAUUUGGUCUGCUGACAGAGUGUGAUCAUCCAUUCUGCAUACAGUGCAUCCGUAACUGGCGCAGUAGUGCCCCUGUCUCGGGAAUGGACGUGAACAACACAUUGAGAGCUUGCCCUAUAUGUCGCAAACGUUCAUAUUUUGUUGUACCGAGUGUGGUGUGGUAUUCCACUCCCGAAGAGAAGAAUGAAAUAAUCAACACUUAUAAGGCAAAACUCAGGUCAAUCGAUUGCAAGCAUUUUAACUUUGGAAAUGGCACUUGUCCAUUUGGUACCAGCUGUUUCUACAAGCAUGCGUACCCCGAUGGGCGGCUGGAAGAAGUUGUUCUCCGGCAUCUUGGGUCUCAAGACGGAGAGAUUGUGAUAGCAGAUAAUAUAAGGUUAUCAGACUUUCUUGGUGACCUGCGUAUUUAAAUUUUGAGCACCAUUUAGACAUUUCAAUAACACAGGUGCUUGUAGCAUGAAGACGUUUUGCAUAUGCAAAUCCUCAUUUGAUUUUUCCGGGGUUUCGACAGAAUCCUGUAAUGAGAAGAAGUGCAGGGCCUUGUCGAUAGGAACCGGAGGAGGACCAAGGAGAUAAGGGAGUACAAGAAAUUGCUUGUGAUAAAGAUUUCUGAAGGAGUAGUUCUUUUUUUUGUUUGAACGGGUGUUAUUUUUUUUCACCCAUAUACUUCUGAGUUCUGAAAUAACCAAGAACCAAAUCAUGUGUGGUGUUGUAGCAUCAUGUAGAUUCUUGUACAAACAAUCCUGUGAAAUGCAAUGAGAUAUGAGAUGCUAUAUAGUUUUUCA